AUGGCGUCAUUAUCCUUGCCUCGAGUCCUUCAGCUGAAGAAGAACAGCUUGGAUGCUGAGCGCGAGCAGUUUGAGAAGUUUCAGACAUUAGCUAUACAGAAGGCUAUCAACGCCAACGAGACUCCGGUCAAAGAGAAACAUGUUCGGAGCACUCUCAUUGGGACCUUCAAGGAACAAAGCGCCGUCACUUACUGGAUGGUCGCCAUACGUCUUCCACUACAAGAGAACCGCAUCGUGGCAUGGAAGUUUUGUCACGUGACACACAAACUGCUGCGCGAGGGUCACCCCGCCUGCCUCGAUGACUCGCAACGACAUAUUGGCAUGAUCGAAAACUUGGGGAAGUUGUGGGUACACUUACGCGAAGGUUACGGCAAACUAGUCCACCUGUACUGCAACCUGCUAGUCUGCAAGUUGAAGUUCCACGCGCGCAACCCUCGCUUCCCCGGCAACAUGCAACUCACCGCUGAGGAGUUAGACGCCAUUGCAGAGAAUGAUGUCAAUAACUACUUCCAGCUUUGCGUGGAAUUGUUCGACUAUAUGGAUGAAAUUUUGAAUUUGCAAGCUGCAGUAUUCGACAGCCUGGGCAACGCGCGCGCUAACUCGAUGACGGCGAGCGGCCAGUGCCGGCUGGCGGCGCUGAUACCGUGCGCGCAGGACGCCUCGCAGCUCUACGACUGCAACGUGCGCCUCCUGUUCCGUCUACACGCCUCGCUGCCGGCCGACACGCUCGCCGGACAUCGGGAGAGAUUCCGGCAACAGUUUAAGAAGUUGAGUUCGUUCUACAAGCACGCCAGCAGUCUCCAGUACUACAGGAACCUCCUCACACUGCCGGUCCUUCCUUCCAACCCACCUAACUUCUUGCAGCAGUCUGACUUCGGUACAUACGUGACUCCAGUAGUUACGAUCCCGGAGCCGCCGCCAGACGAGGUGGACUCCGUCGGCUCUCUCAUCGACACCUCGGAUACUAUGAGCCAGGCAACUAUGGAUAACCUAGAAGACUUCGACCGUCCCUCGCCGUCACCACAGCCGGACCCUAUCGUAGAACGCGACCGACUUAUUGAUCACUUGCAAAACGAACUCAAAAGGAUGAGGUCAGAAGUUUCACAGUUAGUUCAGGAAAGGAACACAAUGAUAGGAUCCAUGAGGGAGCACUGUUCACGUAUUGAAACACAAUUGCAUAAUGCCAAGGUAGAAUUAGAAGAAGAGAAGCAUAAAGCGGAAAUAUUAGCUGUACAAACACCAGAAAUUAAACAAAAAUUGACGGAAACCGAAGAGAAAGCCAAAGUGACAGAUGAGAAGUUCCAGAAGUUAAAAGGGGCGUACACACAGCUUAGGGAAGAACACAUUACUUUGAUAAGGCAGAAAGCGGAGGUGGACAAACUAUCAGCCAGUCUACGAGCCGCCGCCGCGCAGCAUGAGAGUGCCAGGCUAGCGUUACAACAACAACUUAAUGAUAGGAACAAAGAUGUUGAAUUACUCCAACAAAGUGCGUCGUCAAGCGAAGAGAUUGAAGCUUACAAAUCAGAGAUUUUAAGUCUCAGAACUGAACUCGAACAAUCCAGACAAAAAGAACUGGAAUUAGAAACUUUAAAAGCUUCCAUGGAGGCUCUAGAAAUAGAACAUAACACAGCAACAAAAGAACAAGAAGAAAAACUAACGACAGUCACAAACGAAUUGAAGGAAACUACAGAGACUUUAGAGAAAAUCAAACAAGAGAAGGAAGAGAGAGAAGUAGAGUUGAGUAGAGUGAAAGAAGAGUUGGUAGGACUUCGGGAAAGCAGUGGAGAGGAGUAUAAAAAGGUAGUUGAAGAAAAGGAGGCUGCAUUGAAACAGGUAGCGGAGUUGCAACAACAACAUUUGCAGGAGAAGGAGGACUUGUUGCAACACAAUACUGUGCUUGAAGCUGACUUAGCGGCUGUGAAAAGACAGCUGGAAGAGGCGCAGAAGGCGUUGCAAAACCAGACAUCGCGGCUGGUAACGUGCGCGGGUGAGGUAGCUCUCGAGGUCGCCAAUGGAGCGCUGGAGUCGUUCGAGAAUGGACACGCGAGCGACACCGUCACGGCGGCCGCUGAUCUCGCUGCUAAAGCCUUGGAUGAACUGGCCAGGCACACUGAAGUGUCCGGUAACGAGGAGUCGGUACUGAAGUCCGCGAUGUUCGCAGCGCAUAACACGGCGCAGUUGUCUGCGUACGUCGCCGAUGUCACUAACGUGUCCACUGAUAUAGCUCUAGCCGAAAAACUAAACAACGAAUGCCGAUCAAUGUUGAUGGCGACGAAGGAAUGUUUAGAAUCUAUAAAGGGAGGUAGUAUAGUGGGCUCGCAUUGCUCCGACGCGCGGAGUCGCGUGCGCAGCCUGAUGACGUCAGCCGCCGCCGCCGACAGACUCAACAGUGGCGCCAGGAGCGUCGAUGAUGAACUGGCUGAUAUGGACAGAGCUAUUGAAGAGGCUGCCUCGCAGAUUGAGAACAUGUUAGCAGCAACUCGCGCCGGCACUUCAGGAGUCAAACUCGAAGUCAACGGCAAGAUCCUCGACGCGUGCACCACUUUAAUGGGAGCCGUGAAGAUACUUGUACAGGAUGCUCGCCACCUUCAGAAUGAACUAGGAGACCCCAAGACUAGGCAGAAAAUGUACCGAAAGAACCCUCAGUGGUCUGAAGGGUUGAUCUCAGCGGCUAAAGCUGUUGUAUUCGCUGCUAAACUGCUAGUGACGUCGGCGGACGAGGCGGUGGGCGCGUCGGGGCAGGUGGAGGGCGUGUCGGCGGCGGCGCACGAGGUGGCGGGCAGCACGGCGCAGCUGGUGGCGGCGUCCCGCGCGCGCGCCGCGCCCGCCUCGCCCGCGCUCGCGCGCCUCACCGCCGCCAGCCGGGCCGUCGCCGCCGCCACCGGCGCGCUCGUCGCCGCCGUCAAGUCGGGCUCGGCGCUCGUACUCGAACAAGAGGCAUUAGACACAUCUUCCUUAUCCCUGACGGCGACCCGUCGCCUGGAGAUGGAGAGUAAGGUGCGCUCAUUGAAGCUAGAGACGGCACUUGAUGCGGAACGAGCACGACUUGCGGCAUUACGUAAGAGGCACUACCAACUAGCGCAACUAGAAGAGAACGGAAACGUGGAAAACGGCAAGGAUUGA